GUACAAUUCUGAAUCCAGCCAUUUUGCAUGUCACUCAUGUGUAUCUCGUUGAAGACACUGUGCCAACAUUUCUCGUCGAACUGUGUUAAACUUUAAUUUUACUGAAAAGGCGUGAAUUUCAAUAUUCAACAAUCGUUUUCAAAUCUUUACUCAUUGAGCCUUAUCAUCAUGGCUUCUAAAAGUGCCAAAAAGGUGAAUGAUGUAGAAAUGAAGGACGAAACUGAGACGCCAGAAGCGACUGACGAAAAAUCCUCGACUGGAAAGAAAGAGAGUGAUUUGAUAACUUUGGAAGAUUUCAAGGAGCAUGUUAAACACAUCGAGAAAGCUGUCUCUUCAAAGGAAAAGAACUAUAUGGCUAGAGUUAUUAGAGCCCUUACAUCCUCAAGGCGCAAAUUAAACCACACUGUGUUACGCAAGCUUAUUACUGGAUAUAUUCCAAAUGGAAACACAAGCAAGGCAACCCUGCUGACAUAUCUUGAUGAGCCCAUGGACACGGAAAACAAUAUCUUGUUCCGACCCAGAACUGGUAAAGCAGCACAUGCCCCUCUCCUUCCAGAGCUUGAUGUGUAUCUUCAUCUUCUAGUUGUUGUGCACCUAUUAGAUUCAAAGAGAUUCAGUGAGGCUGUUAAAUGUUCAGAUGUUCUUGUAAAAAAGUUGGAUGCUCAGAACAGACGCUCAUUAGACCAGCUCUCAGCAAAGGCAUACUUCUAUCAUUCAAGAGCAUAUGAGCUUAUCGGUCAACUUGACCAAAUAAGAAGUUUUUUACAUGCCAAGCUGAGGACUGCAACACUAAGGCACAAUAUUGAAGCUCAAGCUACGCUCCAGAACCUUUUGUUGCGAAACUACCUCCACUACAACUUAUAUGACCAAGCAGAUAAGCUUGUGGCAAAGUCAACGUUUCCUGAACAAGCAUCGAAUCAUGAAUGGGCAAGGUUUCUAUACUACUUAGGUAGAAUUAAGGCAAUCCAGUUGGAGUAUUCAGAAGCACAUAAGAACCUUAUCCAAGCUCUCCGCAAAGCACCUCAGUACACAGCUGUAGGAUUUAAGCAAACUGUUCACAAACUAGCCAUUGUUGUUCAGCUCCUGCUGGGAGAGAUCCCUGAUAGGAGUAUCUUCAGGCAGAGUGCUUACAAGAAAACAUUGGUUCCGUACUUCCAGCUUACUCAAGCUGUCAAAAGUGGUAACCUUGGUCUUUUCAACCAGAUGUUGAAGGACUUUGCUGCAAAGUUCCAGUCUGAGUUCACUUACACGUUAAUUAUUCGACUUCAUCACAAUGUUAUCAAGACCGGUGUUCGUAUGAUUAGUCUCUCCUAUUCAAAGAUUUCCCUCUCAGAUGUUGCUAAGAAGCUCCAGCUAGACAGUCCAGAAGAUGCAGAGUUCAUCGUAGCCAAGGCAAUCAGGGAUGGUGUUAUAGAGGCCAGUAUAGACCAUGAGAAGGGCUAUGUACAGUCCAAAGAAACAGUUGAUGUCUACACCACCAGGGAACCUAUGUCUGCCUUCCACCAACGAAUCAGCUUCUGCCUCGAUAUUCAUAAUCAGUCAGUCAAGGCAAUGAGAUUUCCUCCCAAGUCAUAUAACAAGGAUCUUGAAUCAGCAGAGGACAGGAGAGAACGAGAGCAACAGGAUUUUGAACUAGCAAAGGAGAUGGCUGAAGAUGAUGAGGAAACAUUCUAGAUUAUGGGACUGUUUAAAAAAAAGACUCUUAUAUUGUACUACUAGCAACAGGUGACAACAAAGCAAUGCUGCUGCAUGGUGGACAUUGAUACAGUAAGACUGGUACAUUCUAGUAGACGUCUUCAAAAUUCAAAUCCCCUCCUACGUGUUAGUAGAUGCUUUUGGCGUACCCCUAUCCAAUGGAAAGUAUAUUGUCAUCUUUGGUAAAUACCUUCUGCACAAGGAAAGGGCAAUAUCUUUCAUCCCACUGACCCGUCUUCUCCAGGACAGCUGUCAGAACAGUAUGACAAUCCGAUAUGAACUUGCAUUUAAUGAAAUAUGCUAUAGCCAAUCAUUGGGCUUGCAGUUCCUGGUUGAUUGAUUGAUAAAGAUAGAGGGUUUUCACUCUAUUUCUCAUCUAGUUAUAUAUUUACAAUUUGUGGUAUGUCACAAAGUCAUGUAUCUGGAAAGUUUAAGCAUGCUGGCUGAUUCAACCAGUUUCUCAUUGAUGGUCUGUAGAGCCACUCACUGUGUACUUGAUUUCAAGUUUGUUGUAUGGUUGAUUAUAAAAUCAGCAUAGCUCCAAACUCAGAGGAAGCUAGUUUUGUGAUCAAUCUCUCUUGAUGUGAGCUAACAAUAAUGUGAUAUGGAUCAUCUUUGCACACGUUGGAGCUAAAUAGGCAAACUUAAUUGUGCUUCCAACACAAACAUCAAACUUGAAAUCACCCAUGUUGAUUAUUCCUACGACGGGACAGGUGUUUCUUCAUCCCUUGUCACUACACUUUCUUGCAUAGGUUCCCCUUUUAAUGUUAUCAAUGAACCACAAAGAAGGAUUCAUAAUAAGGCAUUUAGCAAGACACAUUCUCACUUUCAUUGCUGGUGUAAGAAUGAAAGAAUAUUCAUCCUCACAUGGCAUUAGGUCUUCUUGAAAAAAUGUCUCUGUCUGGUAUGCUUUCCAAUGCAAUGUACAAUUGUAUCUGUAUGUAAUUUUCAUCGUGUAUUUAAUGGAGUACAACAAAUAAGCACUAAAAAAUUGCUAAUGCUACUGAUGAAUAGACUGAAGUUACCAUGAAUGGUCAGAAAUGGUCAUGAUUUGUUGCAAGUCUAAGUUGUUGAGCCCAAAUGAUUUCAACUUUAAUAUUAAAACGAAUGCUCCAAAAGCAAAGUGUUACUACAUGCAGAGUACUAAUGCAAUAAACUAUAAUUUCUACCAGGCUCAGCUAUGAUAAAUCAGAAAGCGUCAUCAGGAUUUGGAACAGCACUUCUACAUUUCCAUCUAGUGCCACUUACUUAUUGUGGUAUUUUACAUCGAGGCAAAUAAAAUGGGUGCUUUUGAAAAUUUCAGAUGUAAUAUCUUGUUAUAAUAAGAAGGUUACAUAUAUCAGUCCCACUAUCUUACUAUUUAUUUACCUAUGACCAAAUGUGGUCAAUGAAAUAGGCGAUCACACCAAAAGGGAUAAUGCCAAAUGUAGUGUCUAGAUCUGGAAACUGAAUAAUAGAUUCAAAUCUGUAUAUAAGAGACUGCUGAAGGGUAAUUAAAUUCAUUUUGUCAUCACCUAGGCCCUGUAACACAAAUCUUAAUGCUUGAUCAGAGGACUGAUUUGAUUAGAUUGAUCAUAUGCAAUCAAGCACAAGCCUACAAAUCAACUGUGCGAUUAAUCACUAAGUUCAACAUUACUCAUAGUUUAUCCUUGUCGUCCGAAUGUGUAGUUUAUUUCCCUAGAUUAAAAAGAAAGAAAGAUCAUAUCCAAAGCUAAAUACAUAAGUAAAAUGUAAUAUUAAAUGUCAGAAAAUCUGAUCACUCCAGGUAUAAAUGCUGUGUUAAUGGAUAUUUGAAUACAUUACUCAUGAUGAAAUAAUUAAGCAGAAUGCCAAGCUUUUAUUUACAUUUUUUUUAAAGUAUAAUAAUCCAAGGCAUUAUCCUCCCGACAAAAGAGUUACAUGUACUUCCUUGAUAAACUAAAAUUUUCAAUGACUACUUGUGAGAAAAAUGAGUAUGAAAGGUGAUGAUUGUUCAACUACAUUUUUCCAAACAUUUACUUAAUUUUGCAGGUGGCAUUAUGUAUGAUAUUCUGUAGUUGUGCAUUUAUAUUGUUCAGUGGCAAACAAAUCCAUUAUUUGGCCUCAGUGUUCCAUUUUGAGUCGGGAUGUUUGGGGCUAAAGCCCCUCGCUGUUGCGUGUAGGUGUGUGAAUGAUAUGAUCAACUUUAAAAGUAUGUUCCUUUUAUAUUUCACAUGUAAUCAGACUUACCUUGUUUAGCAUUUGUAUUUUCAAAGGAGAAUUUUAUACUAGAUACACCACACUAAUAUUUAUUUCCUAUGCUAACAUUUAGGUGAAGGAUUUGAAGAGGUAUAUUGGAUACAGUAGUAAGCAUCAAUUUUUUUUCAUAUUACCUCAUCUAACACUAGAAUUUGAUAUGCCUCACAGUAGUUGAAACUCUGGACAAUGGAGGACUCUUGGAUUCAAAAUCAAAUUGUUUUGGCAAAACUCUUGCCAUGUUUAGGAUUAAAAAGAAGAGUUGAGACUGGAGGUAUUAACUUAUUUCGGGUACACUAAAACCCCUUGGUCACAUUUGCUCUACGGCGGCCGUACGGUGAGUAAAAAACAGUCAUUUUAUUAAUUUUAAUUCAAACCACCUAUAUGCAGCUGGUGCAAAAAAUGUUAAAACGGCUGUUUUCGACUCGCCGUAGAGCAAAUGUGACCGAGGUAUUACUGAUGCAAUGAUUACUACAUGUAAGUAAUGAUGUCCUCUUACAUUUUCAUCCAGUGAGGUAAAUAAAUAAACUGUUUAGUCAUGUUAUAUGUUGGCUUUUAGUGUGAAUAUGAUCAUAUUUUUUAUCUUCCUAUUCAAUUUUUGCAAUUACAAACCUUGGAGAUAAGGAUAGCUAGCAAGCACGAAAUCCCACAUGGGGCCAAGUUAUGGAUAUUACUUUGUUAAGGUACCUAACAGAAGAUAUUGAAAUUAACAGUUCAUGCAGAAACAUCAGUUGAAUAUACCGUCAUUAUGUCCAUGUCCUUCAGGCAUAAUGUUGAAUAAGAUAAAUUUAUGGAAAUGUGAUUCUCCAGGAAGUCUGAUAAUAUGUGAACAAGAAUUGUUUUGAAUUGAAAUGUUAUUGUAACUAUGAAAAAUAUUCAUGGAAUAAAAAUGUAUUGAAACAAGA